GCGUGACGUCAUUUAUGGGCGGCCCCUUGAGUCUGUUCCUAUGAGCCUCACUGCAGACUCUGAACCCUAAGGACCCUGCGCGUGACGUCACCGUCACCUGACCGCCCGUGAUCUCCGCAGGCUCCGGUGUGGAGCGACGGGAAGUCGAGCACCAUGGAUCGCCAUGAAGUAACCGAGUUCGUCCCCACCAACAUCGUGGCGGCAAAGGCAGCAGAGGUUCGCUCAUCCAGCGUCAACUGGCAGUCUUACCUGCAGAGUCAGAUGAUCUCCCAGGAUGACUGCGAGUUCAUCAAGCGAUUCGAGCGGAUGCCCACCGCCCAGCGGCAGCACAUUCUGGAGACGGAGGGCAUACAGACAGCCAAGACGUUCCUGAAUCUGAUGUCGCAAAUCUCGCGUGAGCAAACGGUGCAGCUGCUGCUCACCAUGGUGGACGACAUGCUGCAGGAGGACCAUAGCCGCGUGUCCAUCUUCUUUGACCACGCCAGGCGUAACAAGUCCUCGGCCUGGUCCUACUUCCUCCCCAUGCUCAACCGCCAGGACCAGUUCACCGUUCACCAGGCUGCGCGGAUCAUUGCGAAGCUGGCAGCAUGGGGCAAGGAGCUGAUGGAGGGGAGUGACCUGACCUACUACUUCAACUGGCUCAAGACACAGCUUGGCUCACAGAAAAAUCGCCCAGGUGGACAAGACGGUGGCCAUGUCUCACCGACCGAGAACUCGCAGUACCUGCAGUGCUCGGCCGGAUGCCUGCAGCUCAUGCUCAGGGUGAACGAGUAUCGCUUCGCCUGGGUGGAGAUGGACGGCGUCAGCUGUGUAAUGUCGGUCCUGCACACCAAGUGUGGGUUCCAGCUGCAGUACCAGAUGAUCUUCUGUCUCUGGCUGCUCACGUUCAGCCCGCAGAUGUGCGAGAGCAUCCGUCGCUAUAACAUGGUCACCACGCUGUCCGACAUUCUGCAAGAGUCAGUCAAGGAGAAGGUCACCCGCAUCAUCCUUGCCACCUUCCGUAAUCUGCUGGAGAAGAGUGUGGAGCGUGAGAGUCGGCAGGAGUAUGCUCUCGCCAUGAUCCAGGGAAAGGUGCUGAAGCAGCUGGAGAACCUGGAGCAGCAGAAAUACGACGAUGAGGAUAUCUCGGAAGAUAUCCGCUUUCUGCUCGACAAACUCGGAGAGAGCGUGCAGGACCUUAGUUCAUUUGACGAGUACAGCUCGGAGCUGAAGUCUGGCCGGCUGGAGUGGAGCCCCGUGCACAAGUCGGAGAAGUUCUGGCGUGAAAACGCGGCACGACUCAACGAGAAGAACUGCGAGUUGCUCAAGAUUCUUACACGUCUGCUCGAGCGCUCCGAGGAGCCUCAGAUCCUGGCCGUGGCAGCGCACGACGUGGGGGAGUACGUGCGGCACUAUCCCCGUGGAAAACGAAUUAUAGAGCAGCUGGGUGGUAAGACCCUGGUGAUGAACCACAUGCACCACGAGGACCAGCAUGUGCGCUACAACGCCCUGCUCGCCGUGCAGAAGCUCAUGGUUCACAACUGGGAAUAUCUCGGAAAGCAGCUCAAGUCCGAGGAGGCGACUGGACAGACCAGAGGAUAAAUGACAGCACAACUGUGCACCUAACACUCCACAAAUCCAGCAGGCAUACUCAUUCACUCAACUGUAGGCAGAUGCGCACACACAAAAACACACAUGCACAUACACACAAGACAGUUUUUUUUAUUUUUGGCCUGGAUAGGCUUGUUGAUAAGCAGUUAUUAAGGUGAGGAUGGCACAUGAAUGAGUAGGUGGUGAAGGCUGGUAAAAUUACCCCCUGGCCGCCUUUGUUUUUCCUGUGCUGAUAUUCAUGACCGCACUGCCACCACACCAGGUACUGUAUAGGAGGGGUUGAUGUGGAGGCCCAGGCUAGGUGGUGAUGGUAACACGGUUUGGCACUGACUGCAGACCAUCAUGUCACUACUGCAGACCAUCAUGUCACUACUGCACAACACACACCCAUAAGGCACAAAUAUGUACAACAUCAAUAAUCAACUCGGACACAAGUACACACACAGGCAGACAUGCAGCCCAUAGAGACACUCUGACAUGCUUACCCAUACAACACAAGUAAAAAUGCAUUUCGUUUUAUGUUGAGCUAUUGCUAAUAUUCCAAUAUAAUUAUCGAAUGUAUGUGUUAAUGAUUCAGUCUUUUUGGACAUUCUUGGAUAUCUACUGACCAUAACAUCAGGGUGUCCUUCUUACCAUUGCUUCAUUCGGCUAAACCUGACUGAAGAUAUUUAGUCAAGCUGAAACCUGUUUUUAUUUUGCUGUGUUUUAGUGGUAUGUGGAGCAAUUUAUGAUUUGGUUCAAUCGACCUGCCUGCAGCUCAUUUGCAAAGGAACCCUUUCAUUGUUUUAAGUUCACUAAUGGUGCGUAAAUCAUUCUCACAAAGGAAUUUAGUGUUGUCUUGUACAUCUUAUACUUGUGCAAUUAUGGGAUCAUUCACAUCAGAUACCUCUUUUUUUCUCUCUGUACAACUGAGCCGCACCAGGGCUGUGCCAAGCCAGCCCGGCACGACUUGGGAGAGGCAAGAAUUUUCCACUGCGGAACCAGAGCCGUGAUGCCGAUGAUGUGCACACAAUUAAAAAGUCGAGACGUGAAGGUGACGCGGCGGCACCGUAUUUAUCUUUCUCGCAAUGCACCGCCGUCACAGUAAACCACGAGCCCCACCUCUGGCCCUCCUUGGCCUCCGAGCCCAGAUUCAGACAUGCGAGAGCAGCGCAUCACGUUUUUGGUUCCAGCUCGUCACAGCAAAUAGCCAGUGGAAAAACACCACCCAUUUUUUGAGGGCCCGGCUCGGAUGUUCCACUGGGAAAGGGGGGUGUGUGGGGCUGGCUUAACCUCCCCACUGUACGACAACGCACUUUUUUCUCGAUGUGCCCCGUAACAUGAAUGCUACUUGGGGGCAGCAAACCAAGUCCACUGUAAGGAACUAGAGAUGUAAUGUGUACUGUGGAAAUCAAAAUGUUGAUGCUUAAUGUAAUGAUCCUGAAACCAAUUAACUGUAAUUGUCGCAGUGGUUGUGUGGUGUCAAUAUUUGUGUUUGUGCCACGUUUUGAUGUUUAGAAAGUUUCUUCUCGGAUGCGAGUCGAUGCUAAAAAGCACUCUAACCACAUCAGUGAAAACUAAUUGGAUUAAUGAAAAUAAAUGUACAACUGUG